GGCGUUUCGACACUGGGCGGCCCGCGCCGAUGGGCAAAAUAAGGAUAAACAAAUCUCACAAGAGGAGGGCUGUGGAGAAGCGGAACAGCGGGGGGGGAAGACGCGCUCAGAGCAUGAAGCACAUCACGUGUAGCGUCGGCAGCCUCAGGCCCCUCUGCAGUGCAGAUACCCAUGCUGGGCGAGCGGUGUGGCCGGUCAGCAGUGUAGUGUAUAUUUCGAUUCCUUCGACUGUACAUUCCCGAUGCGGGCACCGGCUGCGCAAGGGGUUUGAUCGAAAAAGCGCAAGCAUACUCACAGACCAGCCUCGCCUACAAUGUCGUAUCGCACCCGGCCGUUGAUUACGGGCCGCACCCUUGGCACAACUUUGGAGAUACGGCGGGCUCACCUACGCCUCCCGCAUCUCGCCGAGCAGCGCCAGAGCCCGCUGCCACUGCUCGCUCUUCUCGCACCGCUUCAGCCGAUGACGUCGGGCUUCGAGAUCGCCGCCGCCGAGCAAGUCGGAGAGCAGCGGGAGGCGCGGACGCUGCGAUGGAGACAGCGACAGGCCCCUCAGGAGCGCCCCCCGCCGGGCCCGUGGAGGAGCAAGAGCCCCCCAAGGCCAAGACAAUUGUCACGAUUGGCUCUCUCGCACGCGCUGGUCCCGACGCUGUAGCUGACCACGUCGGGCUCCAGCUUCGCCUCCCGCAUCUCGCUGAGCAGCGCCAGAGCCAGCUGCCAAUGGCAGCCCUUACCGCACGCGCUGCUCACGGCGCCAUAGCUGGUGACGUCGGGCUCCAUUGUCGCCUCCCACAUCUCUCUGAGCAGCGCCAGGCUGCGCUGCCAGUCCUCGACCUUCUCGCACGCCCUGAUCCCACCAUUGUAGCCGACAUGGCGUUGGGCUCUAGCUUCGCCUCUCGCAUCUCACAUAGCAGCGCCAAAGCCCGCUGCCACUGAUCGGCUUUCUCGCACGCGCUGAUCCCAGCGCUGUAGCUAUGGCGUCGGGCUCCAGCUUCGCAUCACACAUCUCGCCGAGCAGUGCCAAGGCCCGCUGCCACUGCCUGCCCUUCGAGCACGCGCUGAUCCCAGCAUUGUAACUAUUAUGUCGAGAUGCAGCUUCGCCUCACACAUCCCGCUGACCAGCUCCAAAGCCCGCUGCCACUGCUCGCCCUUCUCGCACGCGCUUAUCCCAGCGCUCCAGCUGACGACGUCUGGCUCCAACUUCGCUUCCCACAUCUCGGUGAGCAACGCCAGCGCCCGCUGCCACUGCUCGCCCUUCUCGCACGCGCUGAUCCCCGCGCUGUAGCUGAUAUGCUGGCGUCGGGCUCCAGCCUCGCCUCACGCAUCUCGCCGAGCAGCGUCAAGGCCCGCUGACACUCCUCGCCUUUCUCGCACGCGCUGAUCCCAGCAUUGUAGCUGAUGACGUCGGGUUCCAGCUUCUCCACCCGCAUCUCGGCGAGCAGCGUCAGAGCCCGCUGCCAUUGCUCGCCCUUCUCGCACGCACUGAUGCCAGCGCUGUAGCCGACAACGUUCGGCUCCAGCUUCGCCUCCCACAUCUCGGCGAGCAGUGCAAGGGCCCGCUGCCACUGCCUACCUUUGCCGCAUGCGCCGACGGUUGCAAGGUACUGUCCCGGGGUGGCCGUCGAACGUAGUCGGGACGCUUCGAGGAAGAGCUGCAGCGCUGCGUUCCAUUGCUUGAUCCUCCCGCAACUCUUGAUGGUCGCCUCGAGGGAAGAGCCGCCGUGCCGAAAUCCUGGCCGAACCUCUAGCAUGCUUUAGCCAAGACCGCAUCGGGCUGACCUGUGGGCUAGCAGUGGCCAGCGUCCGCGCACGAUUGCACACUCGGGGAGCGAGGGCGGUGACUGGUGGCAUUGCAGCCUGCUCGUG